UCUCCUUCAUUUGAAUAUCAGCAGGCGGUGGAAGAGUGAUAGAAGGUAACGCGUGACAGUAAACUAUCAAAUCAUUCUAAUUGGAAGGAAGAAUUGCAAAUUUCGGCACAACAGAAGCUGAGGAAAUCUCCAACGGAUUGUAAGCAUUUCCUUGACAGCAUGUCUACCUUUGAACAACAUUUACUCGACAUUGAUGACGCGAUUGGACCUGAGGUCGAAGAAAGAAAUACCCAUUUGAAGUUAAAGCAAAAGGUGACCGAAUGGCUAAUCGAGGAAAUGCGUAGGGCAGACACCGUCUUCGAUAAACUCUGUGUGGGUCUAUCUCCGUAUGCCGGCAAUAAUGAUUGGAAUGGUGAUUUUAAAUCAAAUGAAUUUGAGGUCAUUUGUGUAUUGGAAUUUCCCUACGCCAUGCAAAUUGGUUUGGACAACGAUCGUCGCGGAUUUGUACAUCUCGAUAUGUACGAUGUACUCAACAAAUUGGCAAAUGACAGCAAAUCGGAUGACGUCUUUAUAUUGCUCAGCAAUUUGGUUAGUCUGGAGACAGCCUAUCUGCAGCGACAGGCGUUACAAAACUGGAUAUCUCAGGUCAUUAAUAAGGCCCUGGAUUCAAUGCACAAUUAUCCCUACAAAGUGGCAUACAAUCGAUGCGAAUACGCCCACAUAUUGUCGGUUUUCGAACGCACCACCACCGUGCGAAUGAUUGCAAUUGAUUUCCGACCCGUCAUUGCAUUCGGCAAAGUUAACUGGAUGAAAACGUAUGCCAAGACGAUAAAGAAUAAAUACUACUACAGUUGGUAUGCCCUGCCAAUCGAAUCAUCACUUCCCGCGGACAAUCAUACACAUGAAUAUACGUUCCUCAUGAUAAAUCCAAUGGCCGAGAACGAAUUGCUGUGGUCGAACGAAAGUCUGAAAGUUGUCUUUCGUCUGUUGUGUUCAUUACGGGAUAACUAUGGAUUACAUGAACUGCGAGAUUAUAUGAUAACGAAUACAUUGUUCUGGCUGGUGAAAAAGUCAAGUGGACUUUUGAAUGGCCCCACACGAGAUAUAUUCAUUGAUGCAUUGCUUAGACUGAACAAGUUUUUCGAUGAUGCCAAUAUGCCAUCGUUUUGGGUGGUGGAAUGCAAUUUAUUGGACGUUUUCACCAAAGUUGAUAUACAAUUGUACAAAAAGAAAUUCCAACGUAUUUAUACACAAUUUGUCAGUUAUCGCAAGACAAAGCAAUUGCCACUUGACCGAGUCUUGGAACAUUUCUUUGUAAAGUAAGGAGAUGAUGGUCCCAAUAAUUUGUCGGGAACAAAUUCAUCAGCCCGAUGAGAAGUGUUUAAUUGUAUUAUUUUGAAUUGAUUUCAAUUGGCGAAUGUUUUAUGAAUUAGUUGUUAUUUUACAUCGCCUUGAAUCGAAUCGAUUUUUUUUAAUUUUUCGUUAUUAUUUUUUUUAUUACAUUUUCAAUGUAAAAUUUUGAAUACAAUUAUUGUUGUUAUUAUGAAUUAAUUUUUUUUUUUUGGAUAAUUGUAUUAUUUUGAAUUGACUUUAAAUGCUGAUUUUUUUAUGAAUUACUUGUUAUUUCACAUCACCUUGAAUCGAAUCGAUUUUUUUUUA